CGAAGAGGUCGUUAAACUUAAUCGUGUAAAUGUUAGAUACAAAAAUUGACAGCUUAGGAAUUGUCAUUUUAAUGGGAUAUGAUUGAACGAGUAAUAAGAAAAUUAACAAGUCAUGGUCGAUUGACUGUUCGAUUUGAUAAAUUCUGAAGUGAAAUGAUUCACAAACUUCAUCAAAAGCCUAUUGCAGAGCUGAGUACAUAGAUAGCCUUUAUCCUCUUCAUGAAUCUAAUCACAUUCAUUAUGCAACAGCGAGGUCGCAAAGAUCACUUGUUUGUGAUAAGAAUAAAUAAUUUUUUUAUAAAUGAUAGAGGUACUCUAAUUAACCUAGAAAGCAAUGUAUUAUAAAUUUAUAAAAGUAUCAGUAAACAGCACACAGACCUUUGCUCAGCUGUCUGGUUCUCAAUAUUGAAGCAAAAUGACCUCAAGAAAUGAUGCCAAAGUCGAUUUCCAUCUGGCCUACAAUGCCCAGAUAUAUUCAACACCUCCACAACGACAGUACAACACUUGGAUGGUCUUCAGUAAAGUGACAGGUUUCAUUGAAUCUGUUGGCUCUGUUGAUGCUCCAGUUGAUGAAUUCAAGGAUGAUCAGAAGACUGAUUAUCAAAAUAAGUUAAUUCUUCCUGGCUUCCAUGAUUCCCACCUCCAUCUGGAAUCUUAUGGUGAAUCGUUGCUCAAACUCAACCUUAAGAACUGCAAAAGUUUUGAUGAAUUCAAGAAGUUGAUAGCUGACUAUAGAUCAAAAAGCCCCGACCUGAAAUGGAUUGAAGGUUCAGGGUGGAACAAAAAUUACUUGGGCAGGUUUCCGACAGCUGAGGACAUUGAUGAGGUCUGCCCCGAUGUGCCUGUCAUUAUGUUGAGUAGUUGCAGGCAUGCUGCAGUUGUCAACCAGCUGGCCCUCAACAUUGCUGGAAUUGAUGAGAAUUCUUCAGAACCAGGAAUUGAUAAGUAUCCAUCCGGCCAUCCCAGUAAGCCCAACAAGCCAACCGGAUUACUCCUGGAAGUUCCCCUUCUUAUUCGCUUUCAAAAAAACUUGCCUCCAACUACCAGCCGGUCAAAAACAAGCGCCAUCAUGGCUGCUAUGUGUGAACUGCUGAAGAAUGGAACAACAAGUGCACACACGUGUGAGGAAAAUACCUGGACUGAAUUCUGUCAGCUUGCCGACGAAAACAAACUUCCAAUGAGGAUAUUCUACUCUGCCUUCAUCACUUCCAAGAAUCAUCCAACUAAUUUUCCAAACUUCCCAAAUGAAAAAAGAGGCUCUAUGUUGCAUUUUAACAAGGUGAAGUUUUUUGUCGAUGGGAGCUUGAGUGCCAGGACUGCUGCCCUGAGUCUACCGUACACUGAUUUCAAUCCAGAAGAUGGCGCUGGGAGUGGGGAUGGGCUGGGAGUUCUACUCUUUUCCGAGGAAGAACAGGAGAAGAUGAUGAAGGAGGUUGUCGGUGAAGGUCACAGAUUGGAGGUGCACGUCAUUGGAGAUAGGGCGGCUGAUGUGGUCCUCAAUAUUUUUGAUAGAAUUGAUCUAGAUCCUACUUCUAGGCCUAUCUUUGUUCAUUGUGAGAUUUUAAGAAAAGACUUGAUAGAGCGGAUGAAAGUAAAAGGUGUAAUAGCGAGUAUUCAGCCGCAGUUCGUCGUAACUGACACCUAUGCUAUUGAUUCGUAUCUUCCUGAGAAACUUUUUCAAUACGCUUACACCUGGAAAUCUAUUCUGGAUCACGGCAUAUGUGUAGCAGGCGGCUCGGACGCUCCCAUUGAAGAGCCACGUUCACUGAUGGGAAUGUUUGACGCCGUCUUCAGGACCAGCGAGAACAGGGAUCUCAAAAAUUCUUCUGUUUUCAAGCCAGAGGAAUGUUUGAGCAUUGAGCAGGCGGUUGAUAUAUACACGCAGGGAGGUGCGUUCACCGCUAUGAUGGAGGACAAGCUUGGGCAGUUGAAAGCGGGAUUUUACGCGGAUUUUGUCGUUCUCGAUAGGGACGUCAUUUCGAAUCCGGAUCAAUGUUUGGAUGCUGUUGUCCUGGAAACAUGGGUUGCUGGGAUCAGAAGAUGGUCAAUUGAUGAAGGAUUCAAUUUCUAAUUUAUUUAGAUUUUUCAUACGUGUGAUGGCACGAUUAUGAUAUUAAACUUGUAAAAUAUUCUCGAAUUUUUGCGACACAUAGACACCUUGAUGCAUUUUCAUCAACUGGCAUGGUAUGCCAAAUGAAAGGGGUAUAGUUUGUAUGUCAGGUAUUCACCGUUGAAUGUAGUGUCUAUAUACACUGAAUGUGUUUAUAGACACUUCUAUAUAGACCGUAUACGUGUGUGUCUCUGUCUAAUGCUCUUUGUUAAUGAACGCACUCGAUUUUAAAUCCGCUUUUCGUUAGAGCACUUACUUUUGUCUCUCAACGAAACAAUAUGCUGAGGCUAACGUAUUAUAAAUUGUUAGGAUCUUACUUGUGAUUAGUCCAAAAAUUUUUUUUAUCUUGUUUAAGUAUCCUGUUGUUUUUUCACAACUCAAGUUGUUGGACGACGUUAAGAUUUUGAAAUAAACAAAGCACUAGUGCAAAAUAAAUAAAC